AUGGAUGUGUCUGCCCAUCGGGUCUGUCUGUUGGGGGUAACUUGGAGACCUGGGGACGACCUGAAGUGUUCAGUGCUUUUUUUUUUCCCUUUUCUAGCGCCGGCGCAUUGCACCCGCCCUUUGCUCGUCCGCACAUCAAAAGAUGAUGAGGUCUUUCAAUGUCGCUGGGGACAGGUGUCUCUCUCGCUCUCAUACGUAAGUACCUUCGAGUCUCAGAAACUUCCCCAGGCUCCCUCCCACCCAUUCUGCUGCAAUACCUAG